AGUAUGGUAUUAUUAUUAACAACGGGGCGUUAAUUUUGGCGAGUAGAUAGCAUAGCAUAGCAUAGGGAGAGCACUAAUAUUGAUUUAUCGAUUUCUGCUUACGUGGCACCACCUGUAUCGUUCUUUUUAUUACAAUAUAGGGGUCCCACCAUUAUUGCCCGCCAAUUUAGACCCCAUUUUAAAAACGGAUAAUAUUAUUCGUACUCACUCUCUUACAACAGCAUCGUCGAGAGAUUAAAACCCAACAUCCGAACAGAUUAAACCAAUUUUGCAAUUAAUAGUAACGCACUCUAUAAUUAUAUUGCUCUUCCUCACCCAUUCUUUUUGCUGUGUUUUCUUUUUCCCUUUCUUAGCCAACCCCCACCCCCACCACCACCACCACCCCCCCCCCCCCCUUCUAAUAAAAACCCUAAACUUUCUUCCUUUUUUUGUUUUUUUGUUUUUUUUGUUCUGCUUUUCUCACAAUGGCUGAUUUGGAGAAGCACGACAGGGUGGUUGGUGGGAAUGCUUUUCUUUCUGCAGAGGAAGACAAGCUUCUCGAUGGAGUUACAUUGUUGGAUUUCGAUAUGUUGUGUUCUACCGUCGCGAUGCAGACCCAGGGCAAAUGGGCCAAGUUGGAGACUACUGAAGAUGCUACUACCGGACCUGAAUUUGGUGGAGUUUUUAGGAUGUGGGAAGGUGAACUACUUGAUUGCUACGAUGACCGCCGUAUCGCUAUUGAAUCGGCAUGCUGUCCGUGUCACAGAUUUGGGAAGAAUAUGGGAAGGGCUGGUUUUGGCUCUUGUUUUCUUCAGGGAACGGUUUAUUUAGUUCUUGCUCUUGGUGCCCUGUGCACCUUCAUUGCAUUUCUGGUCACCAAACGCCAUUACUUUUUAUAUUCGGCAAUUGCUUUCACCAUUUCAACAGUUACAUAUUUGGGGUUCUUCCGCACCCAGAUGAGAAGAAAAUUCAAUAUAAGGGGAGGAGAUAAUUCCUUGGACGAUUGCAUCUACCACCUUAUCUGCCCCUGCUGCGCCUUAUCUCAGGAAUCACGAACGCUGGAAAUGAAUAACGUCCAAGAUGGCACAUGGCACGGUCGGGGUGACACAAUAUGUAUUGGUAGUUAUGGUGAUCCCAGUCGAUUUGUGGAGCUAAACCCACCUCUUCCUGUCUCAACCAAAUUGCCUGAAGCCUGUGGCACUCUAAAGGAUGUGGCAAAUGAAAAUCACUCUUGAACCUGUGCGUGCAUGUUGCAAGACCUCGGUAGCUCUGCCUACCACAUGCUUCCGAGACUCUCCAUCUGAUUUAUACCAAAGAUAACCAGGACACUGUCAUGUUUCAGCAAUUGCGCCCUCAAUUGAUGAAGGUCAAAUUUGGAGCUGCUGCUUUACUCUUGGGGUGUUGCCUCCUAGAAUUGGUUAGGCGACUCUUGAUGCAAUGGAGAUGUGGUUUUGGAGGUUUGGGGAGUUGAAAAUGACUUCUUUCUUGGAUGAAGAUUCUGUUUUAUUUUUCCUUAUUCUUUCUUAUUUAUCCUAUGUAUGUUAUUCUACCACUGUAAAACCCAUGAUAGCGUGUUCAGGUCGUUAAAACAUCACUUGCAAACUUGUAUAUACCAUACCAAAAUUUUAUGUAUCAGGUAGAUGAUGCAGCCCUUGAAUCUGGCUGUUUUCAUAAUUUAUUCUUCUUAGAAUCAACAAAGGUUCAGAAUUCCUUGUGAAGGAAAUGAAACGGAAAUUUCUGAUUUAAA